GUGUUUGCUUUAUUUACUUUAGCCCACCGUCACUUCCUUGUGUCUGUAAACGGCGCGCGCUUGUUGAAUGGUUUUCACUGGAAAUAUUGUGUUAAAGCAAGUAGGAAGAAUUAACAGUUUUAUUAGAAUGGCACAGUUUUUUACUGAACCGGCGUGGCCCCAAAGUUUGACAUGUCUUAAAAAUAUAGAUGCCCUGCUGAGGUGUACUAUAUGUUUUGAUUACAUAGACAUUGCCAUGAUGAUUCAACAGUGUUCACACAACUAUUGUUCAUUAUGUAUAAGGAAGUUCUUGUCUCUCAAAAGUCAGUGCCCACUGUGCAAUCUGACUGUGACUGAAUCAGAUUUGAGAAAUAACAGAGUACUUGAUGACCUUGUGAAGAGCUUCCGAUCUGUAAGGCAGCAGUUUUUGCAGAUUGAUUCCGAAUCUCCACCAAAGACCCCACAGGCACCUGGCAAAGUAAGCCGGGCAAAUUGUAAAGGACCCAUCAGGAAAAAAGUGCAGGAAAAUACGUUACGUAACUGCUUUCUUCAGAAAGCAAACCCAGUAUCUUCUUCAAAAGAAGCUGAAUCACAGUCUUCCUGUACAGACAUAAGACCCAAGACUCUUUUGGAAAAAACUAUUAAGGAAGAGCCCCUGGAGAUUCCUACAGGAUCUGCAUCCAGUAUGUCUUCCAACCCUGAACAACCUUCAACUUCUUUGGGAGUUAAACAAUUUAUGAAAGUGGAAUGUCCAGCAUGUGGACUUGGCAUUUCUGAGCAGUAUAUCAACAAACAUCUGGACAUCUGUCUGACGAAGAGUGAGAAAAAGGAGAGCCUGAGAAGGACCUCUCUUUCCAGCUCUGUUGCCAAAAGGAAACCCAUGGCCAAAGUGGUUUAUGACCUGCUGUCUGAUCGGGACCUAAAGAAAAGACUAAAGGCGCUCACCCUUUCCACACAGGGAACCAGGCAGCAGCUCAUUAAAAGGCAUCAGAAGUAUUUGCAAAUGUACAAUGCUCAGUGUGACUCAUUAAACCCCAAAUCAGCUCAAGAAAUUGUAAACGAAGUUGAAAAGAAUGAGAAGAUGAUGGCACAAUAUGACGGACAAUCCAAUAGUGUGAUGGUGUUUUCAAAGAAUCAAACAGAAGAAGAAAUUGAUGAAAUACAUGCACAAUACCGUAAACAGCACAAGAGCGAGUUUCAUCAUCUGAUUGAGAAGGUGAGAGGUCGCUGGAAUUCAGGGAAAAGGAAGAUUAAAGAAGAGCCAAUAGAAGAAGGAUCUUAUGAAGGAGAAUGCUCAACAGUGUUAGACGGUAAGAAGCCAUACAGAGACGUGACGACACCAGAGGCUUACAAACCCAAGUCUGAAUCAGAAGUUUCUUUGAAAGAUGAAUCACUCCUUAUGAAUGAAAUCCAGGCACCCUCAAGUCCUUCAUUAUCUAUGAUUUCAAUUAGCAGGCUCAGCUCACCACUAUCACCCCCGCGCUGACUCGGGAGUGGGGAAGACGAACACACGCUGUCCUCCAAAGCGUGUGCCGUCAGCCGACCGCUUCUUAUCACACUGCAGACUCACCAUGCAGCCACCUCAGAGCUACAGCAUCAGAGGACAACGCAGCUCUAGGCAUCUUACAGGCAAGCCCGCAGGUGCCCGGCCAGACUACAGGGGUCGCUGGUGCGCGGUGAGCCGAAGACACCCUGGCCAACCUAAUCCCCCCCCAGAGCGGCGCUCGGCCAAUUGUGUGCCGCACCCUGGGAGUUCCCAUCCACAGUGGAAUAGCCUGGACUCGAACCUGCGAUGUCCAGGCUAUAGGGCGCAUCCUGCACUCCACACAGAGCACCUUUACCAGUUACGCCACUCGGGAGCCCAGCUUGGCUGUUUUUGUAUAGUUUUAAAAUGCUUUGAUCAGGUCACACUUGCUCUGAUCAAAGCCCUUAACACUAUUAUCCUGAAACGACUGUGAUUCUGGUGCAUGAUUGACCAUAAAUGUUAAUUUAACGUCUACUGAAAGCAAUUUGAUGUUUUCAAGCCAAGGCUUUUUGUAUUCAGUUAUCUCUGUCCUGCACACUUUGAAACAUAACUCGGUUUACAGCAUGUGGCAUGAAAACAAUUUGUUUGAAAAGGUUAGUCAUUUGAUUGAAAGUGGGGUAGCACUGCCAAAAUCCAGGUGCUAUAAGGUAAGUGACCUUCUGUGACAGU